AUUACAUGCCUGCUAACCUUUCACUGAUGCACAUGAUUCCGAAGAAGCGAUUGGUCGAGGGCGGUGUCUGUCAGACGGUGAGGGCGUAGCUCUCACCCUCGCUCACUGUCAGAGCUCGAGGGACGAAACGAAGAGUUCGUUUCCGUUUGUAGGCUGCGGAAACCGAGUUUCACAGAGCUACGCAAGCCGAACAGAGACCGAUUGGAGCUCGAUCCUACGACCGAGAGGAGGAAAGAGGACAGUAUUGAGGAAGACCUUGUAAUCAAAAUACCGUCCAAAUUUACACAAAUAUUACACUUUAAUAGCACUGAAACCCAGUGCCUGUGAAGAUGGGAGACAAGGCGGGGACCAGAGUCUUCAAGAAGUCCAGCCCCAACUGCAAGCUGACAGUAUACCUGGGGAAGAGAGACUUUGUGGAUCAUCUAGACCAUGUAGAUCCAGUGGAUGGAGUGCUACUCAUAGACCCAGAAUACCUAAAAGACAGAAAAGUCUUUGUGACUCUGACCUGUGCGUUCCGGUAUGGUAGAGAGGACCUGGACGUUCUGGGCUUGUCCUUUAGGAAAGACCUCUAUAUCUCCACCUUCCAGGCCUUCCCUACCCUCACCACAGAGGAAGGUAAACCACUCAGCCGGCUGCAGGAACGACUGCUGAAGAAACUAGGCCAGCACGCCCACCCAUUCAGCUUCACUAUCCCUCAAAACCUGCCCUGCUCAGUCACUCUACAGCCAGGACCAGAGGACACAGGGAAGGCCUGUGGAGUAGACUUUGAGGUCAGAGCCUUCUGCGCCAAGACUGUAGAGGAGAAGAUACAUAAAAGGAACUCAGUGCGUCUGGUGAUCCGUAAGGUGCAGUAUGCCCCAGAGAAGCCUGGUCCUCAGCCCAUGGUGGAGACAACACGAUCCUUCCUACUGUCAGAUAGAUCCCUACAUCUAGAGGCCUCCCUGGAUAAAGAACUCUACUACCAUGGAGAACCUAUCAGUGUGAAUGUCCAUGCGACCAACAACUCCACCAAAACAGUCAAGAGGUUGAAAAUCUCAGUUCGCCAGUAUGCUGACAUUUGUCUGUUCAGUACGGCUCAGUACAAGUGUCCUGUUGCACAGGAAGAGGCAGAUGACCAGGUGUCCCCCAGCAGUACGUUCUGUAAGGUGUACACCCUGACUCCCACGCUCACCAACAACCGGGAAAAGAGAGGCCUGGCACUGGACGGCAAGCUGAAGCACGAAGACACCAACCUGGCCUCCAGCACCAUAGUGAAAGAUGUGUCCAAUAAGGAGGUUCUGGGGAUCCUGGUGUCCUACAGAGUCAAGGUCAAGCUAGUGGUGUCUCGCGGAGGGGAUGUGUCGGUGGAGCUGCCUUUUGUUCUGAUGCACCCCAAACCCUCUGACCUACCCAUGUCCAGACCUCAGUCAGUCGUCCCAGAAACAGAUGCCCCAGUUGGCAGUAACCUGAUAGAGUUUGAGACAAAUAAUUUCUCUCAGGAUGAUGACUUUGUGUUCGAGGACUUUGCCCGUCUGCGGCUGAAAGGAACGAAGGACGAUAAGGAUGAGGAUGACCACUUGUGCUAGCUCUCCCUCCCCCAGGACCAUGCACCUGAACCUGGGGAGAGGUGCUAGGCGAGUCCCUGGUCUCAUGUUGUCUCCAGGCCAGUAGGCUCAACUUCAGAAAGGGGGAGCAGGAGCACUCAUAUAUAUUAUAUUUUUCAUUUCCCCCCCUUCUACUUCUUCUUCUUCGUCUUCUUCUCUCUUCUUUCUUGUACAUCUUUGAUGGCAUUUUCCAUUUCUACUCCUUCGUUUUGUCACGCGUUUGUUUGAGAAACAGAGAGAAUGAGAGAUGAAACAGAGAGUGAGAGAGAGAUGGAGAGAUUUAUAGGAGUGUCGAGUCCACAGUGUCUGUUUUAGGGAAUCCUUCUACAUGUUUUGGAUCCAUUCUUUGAUUCAGGGUUGAUGUUAUAUGUUCUAUAUGCUCUAUAGGUCCCAGCUUUAUAAGAAGUGGGUAGACAGACAGAUAUACAUUUGUCAUUAUUUACAUGAUGGAAUACCAUGUACCUAAGGUUGCAAAAUUCCCCAAAUUCCCAGAUUUUCAAGAAAUUCUGGUCAGAAGAAUCUGGAUUUCCUACUUAUUCUCUCCUGAUUCUGGGAAUCUUCCAACCAAGAUUUCUGGGAAAACCUGGGAAUUUUGAGGAAAGUUUGGGGAAUUUAGGCAAUCCUAUAUGUAACUGUAAUGUACAGGACUGCGUUGCUGCACAACUACUUAGAGGGAACAUGAGUUUAAUAGUUUAGUUAAUUACAUUGUUAUGACAUAGUUAUAACCAGUUAUUACACUGUAAUUACAUUGUUAUUAUGCUACUAUUAUUAUUACACCUUUACCUUAUCCUUGACACCCAUUAUACCCAAUAUGUAACUCAAUACUUUACCCCUUUAUGGCAAGUGUGAAACGAUUACAUAUCGUCACAGUGAGGGAGUGAGUAAGUGUCCUGUGUGUGCAGUGUGCUUACAGUCAGCUACAGUGAGCGUUUUAGUGUUGUGCACUUUACACCCUGCGACAAUAACUGUAAGUGCUUACACUGAGGGUGUGAGUGUGAUGCAUUCAGCAUGAGGAUGCAGGCGAUCGUAUGUACAGACAGUGUAUUCUGUUAAUUAACAACUACAGGCAGCAAAGCCUACACACACCCACACACACCCCCCCACACACACACCCCCACACACACACCCUACAUUCAGCGGAUGCCAUGAACACGAUAAAUAGCUAUUCUUUUACGUUAAUGAUUUGCCCAAAGUCGUUUUCUUGGUAGAUCAGGUGGCAGUUUGAUCGAACCCAACUGUCAAUAAGAUCAGGGCUCAUGUCUAUGACGAUAGCCUACUGUACUUUACUGGGCCAAUUAUAAAGCUGUGGUUUUCUAGAGGAGUAGGAGUGCUGAUCUAGGAUCAGGUCCCGCCGCAAUAUAACCUUAUUCAUUUUGAUCGACCUGGCCAAAAGGAUAUUUUUUGGACAGCUCACAAAGGGUGCCCCCUGGUGUGUGAAAAGCUGUAGUCUUCUGCAGGUCUAUCAAUAGAGUAUUUAAAGGAGGUUGAAGGUGGAAGUUUCCCCCUCCACUGAUACAGGGUAACAUUAUUUUGGUGUAGGGCAGCGGUUCUCAAACUUGGUCCUCUGGACCCAAAGGGGUACAUGUUUUGUUUUUUGCCCGAACACGACACAUCAUUUGAUUCAAAUGAUCAAAGCUUGAUGAUUAGUUGAGUAUUUGAAUCAGCUGUGUUGUGCUGGGGAAAAACCCAAAAUGUGCUCCCAGAGGGGGCUCCAGGACCGAGUUUGGGAAAUGCUGUUGUAGGGUAAUCUGAUCCUAGAUCUGUGGUUAGGGAGUGACUUCUACCUCAAUUGUGGUAAGUUUAACAUUGACCAACCUCUUAAACCUACCAGCAUCCAACUUUAGCCUCAAUCAUCAGAAUCACCAAUGUAGGGAGUAGGGGAAAGGGGGGGUGGGAGGAAAGGGGGGUGGGAGGGAAAUUAAUGGAGAAAAAACAUUUUAUUUUUGUUGUAAUAAUCGCCAGAGAUAUAUACGUACUUAAAUGUUGCCAUUAUUUGUAUUUUAUUCUUAAGACAUUGUUUUAUUUUUUAUUAUUAAAAAGUCAGGUGAUAAGUGAUAUGAACCAACUGCUGUAAAUAUUCGUACUGUUCCGUUCAACUCAACAGCCAAUAGGUGUUCACUAUAGAACACUGCAGUCCAAUGACCGAGCACAGUUUAUAGGAUAAUCAGUCACAGAAUCCCACGGUUUAUAGGAUAAUCAGUCACAGAAUCCCACGGUUUAUAGGAUAAUCAGUCACAGAAUCCCAGUUUAUAGGAUAAUCAGUCACAGAAUCCCACGGUUUAUAGGAUAAUCAGUCACAGAAUCCCACGGUUUAUAGGAUAAUCAGUCACAGAAUCCCACGGUUUAUAGGAUAAUCAGUCACAGAAUCCCACGGUUUAUAGGAUAAUCAGUCACAGAAUCCCACGGUUUAUAGGAUAAUCAGUCACAGAAUCCCACGGUUUAUAGAAUAAUCAGUCACAGAAUCCCAGUUUAUAGGAUAACCAGUCACAGAAUCCCACGGUUUAUAGGAUAAUCAGUCACAGAAUCCCAGUUUAUAGGAUAAUCAGUCACAGAAUCCCAGUUUAUAGGAUAAUCCGUCACAGAAUCCCAGUUUAUAGGAUAAUCAGUCACAGAAUCCCACGGUUUAUAGGAUAAUCAGUCACAGAAUCCCACGGUUUAUAGGAUAAUCAGUCACAGAAUCCCAGUUUAUAGGAUAAUCAGUCACAGAAUCCCCCAGUUUAUAGGAUAAUCAGUCACAGAAUCCCAGUUUAUAGGAUAAUCAGUCACAGAAUCCCACGGUUUAUAGGAUAAUCAGUCACAGAAUCCCAGUUUAUAGGAUAAUCAGUCACAGAAUCCCAGUUUAUAGGAUAAUUAGUCACAGAAUCCCACGGUUUAUAGGAUAAUCAGUCACAGAAUCCCACGGUUUAUAGGAUAAUCAGUCACAGAAUCCCACGGUUUAUAGGAUAAUCAGUCACAGAAUCCCACGGUUUAUAGGAUAAUCAGUCACAGAAUCCCACGGUUUAUAGGAUAAUCAGUCACAGAAUCCCACGGUUUAUAGGAUAAUCAGUCACAGAAUCCCACGGUUUAUAGGAUAAUCAGUCACAGAAUCCCACGGUUUAUAGAAUAAUCAGUCACAGAAUCCCAGUUUAUAGGAUAAUCAGUCACAGAAUCCCACGGUUUAUAGGAUAAUCAGUCACAGAAUCCCAGUUUAUAGGAUAAUCAGUCACAGAAUCCCAGUUUAUAGGAUAAUCAGUCACAGAAUCCCACGGUUUAUAGGAUAAUCAGUCACAGAAUCCCACGGUUUAUAGGAUAAUCAGUCACAGAAUCCCACGGUUUAUAGGAUAAUCAGUCACAGAAUCCCCCAGUUUAUAGGAUAAUCAGUCACAGAAUCCCACGUUUAUAGGAUAAUCAGUCACAGAAUCCCACGGUUUAUAGGAUAAUCAGUCACAGAAUCCCAGGUUUAUAGGAUAAUCGGUCACAGAAUCCCCAGUUUAUAGGAUAAUCAGUCACAGAAUCCCCCAGUUUAUAGGAUAAUCAGUCACAGAAUCCCAGUUUAUAGGAUAAUCAGUCACAGAAUCCCACAGUUUAUAGGAUAAUCGGUCACAGAAUCCCACGGUUUAUAGGAUAAUAGGUCACAGACUCCCACAGUUUAUAGGAUAAUCAGUCACAGAAUCCCCCAGUUUAUAGGAUAAUAGGUCACAGAAUCCCACGGUUUAUAGGAUAAUAGGUCACUGAAUCCCCCAGUUUAUAGGAUAAUCAGUCAUCGAAUCCAAGUUUAUAGGAUAAUCAGUCACAGAAUCAUCCCAUGGUUUAUAGGAUAAUCAGCCACAGAAUCAUCCCAUGGUUUAUAGGAUAAUCAGUCACAGAAUCCCAGUUUAUAGGAUAAUCAGUCAUCGAAUCCAAGUUUAUAGGAUAAUCAGUCACAGAAUCCCAGUUUAUAGGAUAAUCAGUCACAGAAUCUCAAAUCCAGGUUCUCAAGGACCCCUUAGUUAACUUACAAUUAUCUAUAAACUGAAUUUAAACAUACUUCAUCAAUUGAAUGUAGUUUCAUAAGUCCACUUUAAGUUUGAUAAAUAAGUUCUGUUUUGAAAUGUAUAGGAAAUCAGAAUAACCAGGGGCCCCUCGGGACCAGGAUAUGGAAAGAUGGGCUACUACUGUAUAAUCUAGAUUGUAGACACUUCAUAGGCUAUUACAGAGUACUUUGCAGUCAGUUAUGGGUAUACUGUAUGUCUGUAAAGGUGUUUAGGUGUAGAAUGAAGAUAGAUAGGGAGGAUUGAUUGAUCGAUUGACACUUGGCUCAUUUAUCAGAUUGAAAAUCACGGUGUUUGAACAGGUUAUAUAUGUAUAUAACAUAAAAGGGGAAAACUAUCCACCUAAUGUACCGUUUCAAAGAGGGACAAGCUUCAACUAUGGCAAGCCAAGAGGAACAAAUGACUAAGCCAGCAAAUGCAAUGUAACAACACUGAUCGCCUCUUCUUAUGAGAAGUGUUGAAUUGAUUGCAGCCGUCGCCAUUUUGGUUCAAUGACAAUAAUGUUUUUUCUUAACAUGAAAUGUGUGGGCUCAUUCAACUUGUGUAAACCCAUCAACAAUUGUCCAUGGUUAAUGAGAUUUAUAUUGAUGGUCACGUUAACAAACAAUGUUGCACAUUACUUUUUACCCCUUUGAAUGCACCAUACUGUUACUAACACCCAGAGGAUGACAUCAUAGGCUGAGGUUGUAAACAGGGUGUAAUCAUAGAAAUACAAUUUCUAGAAUUGACAUCUCCAUUCAAGUAAUGUUUAUUUCCCUUCUUGUAAUUAUAUUUCUAUGGGUGUGAUGAUGUCAAUCACAACACACUAGUCAUGAAGCUUCACAAUUAGGUUAUAAAGGUUCCUAAGAAGGUGAUAAACGUCAUACUCUGUUCAUGUUAUGAAUGGAUCGACGCAUGGCAUUCUAAAAAUGCAGUGUCUUAAAACAUUAUGAACAAUUUAGUGAUAUAGAACAUUCAGAACCUCCAGAAGCUCUCUUAGGGACCAUGUAAAUGUUACAAUGAGCUAUUUUGUAUUUAAAGUGGCCUCUUAUGACACAGUAUGCCCUAUGAACCUUCAUAGCACCCUUAUAAACAGCCAUAAAGGAUGAUGAAAUUGUGUAAAAGAAAUAAGGCAUGAAAGGCUGUCAUAUAUUGAUGAUGUCACAGCUAAGGGGGCCUCUUGUGCCUGCUUUAAAAUUCAGUUAUAUCAUGUUUUAUGACUGCAUCAUAAGGUGAAUGUUUAUAAGGCAUUAUAAGACUUUGGAAGAGACCACUUCAGGUAGUUGUGUUACCAGCUUUUCCUUUGUUUGUAAAUCUGAAUGGUGAUUGUCCUCAUCAGUCUGUAAACCAGUCAAGUGUAGAGAAAAACAAAAAAACUUAAAGUGGAAGUUCAGUAUUUCACAACUUAACCAUGGAUUAGUUUCUCCAUAGACUACUUUUAGGUUGAGGAAACAUCUAAAACACUCAGUAAAAUACUGAACUUCCCCUUUAAAAACAAAGAUCUUCUAUUUUUGAUCCCUUCCACCUUAGUUGAGGUAUCCAUGGAAAUGCACGGAAUCAUGUUGGUUUGUAGACUAUUGAGACACGACUUCUAUUUUAUUUUAAGGACAAUUUUAAGCUACUAGAACUAUUACUACUGCUAAAAUUGAGAUUCAUAGAGAACUAUACUUAAACGCUACCUGAUAAUUUAAUAAAUUCACAGAUAAAGUAAGACAAAGUAUAUUGUUAUUAAGGAAACCAAGAUACUGUAUAAGCAAUAUGUUAUUUUAGUCAAUAAAAUUUUACAAAAUCACAAUGACAUUUUUUUUUUUAAGGUUUAAAAGCAUUGGAGAAUAUAUGUCGCUUCUUUAUUUUGUACUGCAUUUUAGAAAAUGUCAAUUUUUAAAAACAGUUAACAUACAAAA